CCUUAUUCUUUUCUGCUUAGUCCUCUCAGCUGAUUUGGCUUUGUAAAAAUACCAGAGGAGAAUAUCGGGUUCUCACCCACACCAAAACAAGAACAACUUCAGCAUGCAAACACAAAUAGUGUCAAAAUUCUUGUUGGGAUGAGAAAAUGGCAGACCCUGAAACAUCCAUCAAUAACUCAGAUUUGUAUAAGAAUGUAUUUUGCAAUCCAGCAUUUGAGCCAGACAAUGAGCACGAUGAAAUCAAUGAAGUAUUUAAGGUUGCCAUAUCCUCAGAACCAAUCAACAGGCCUACAACUCGAGAUGGCAGCAUGUUUGGUCUGUGUGUGGUGUGUGUGAGGAGACACUGGUGUAGCUGGGGAACACUGGUGUUUUCAGCAGCUGCGCUAUUGUUGGCUGUCUUGGGACUCACUCUAACGCUUGUUCUCAUACAUAUGAAUGGAGACCUUGCUGAAGGAAGAGUGCUGUCUCUAAACUCCUGGAGUGAAAACACUGUUCAGCAAAGUCCUAUCCCAAAUUCCACUAUUCCUUUUCCUGAAUAUAGCUCACCUAUGCCACAUCUUGAAAAAGAGUCGAUCCCAUAUACAAAAUGUGGAGAGAUUCUGACUGAAUUAGAGGGAACAAUCAGCUCCCCCAACCACCCAGGCCCAUACCCUCCUAACUCCAUGUGUGUAUGGGUGAUCAGAAUGUCUCCCGAAUAUCUGGUCCAGAUCUACAUCUCCUCCCUGGCCAUUGAGGGGCCAGCACCAUGCCUUUUUGAUUGGCUGGAGCUUAGAGAAGAAGGACAGCACACCACCACAGUCACCAGGUUCUGUGGUAAUGUGGAUCCACCCACUGUGAACACUAACAGCAGUACUGUCUGGGUUUCAUUCCAAUCUGAUAGUAAUAUUGCAGGUGAUGGCUUCAGUGUACGAUAUCAGGCAAUUCUACCAUGGCAAAAAAGCUGCACUUCAGAGGAGUUUAUGUGUGAUAGUGGCCGUUGCCUGUUGCCUGUGUCUGUAUGUGACAGCCAGCUAAACUGUCAGGACCAGACAGAUGAGGCCAACUGCAGCAGCAAACACAAUGACUGUGGUGGUGAAAAGACAGGUCCAAGUGGUUCACUGUCCAGUCCAAAUCACCCAAACCCAUAUCCUCACCAGCAGCACUGUACGUGGCUUAUAUCUGCAGAGAAAGGCCAAGUUAUCCAACUGAGUUUCCACAACUUCAGCUUGGAGACUCAAGAUAACUGUGCAUUUGACUAUGUUGAGGUUCAUGACAGCAGCAACACGGCAGACAGUAAUAUCCUAAGCAGAUACUGUGGCUCAGACCUCCCUCCUGACCUUACCUCCACUGGGCCCAUGAUGAGUGUGGUGUUUGUAGCUGAUGAAGGUGUGGCUGACAUCGGCUUUUAUGCCUCAUAUCGGGUCAUCUCUCUCUCAGAGAAUGGCUGUAGUCCAGAGCACUUUGCUUGCGGCACGGGGGAAUGUCUGCAUCGUGACUGGCUCUGUGAUGGCUGGAAUGACUGUGCAGAUGGUUCAGAUGAGCAAAACUGCAGCGACUCCACCUAUCCCCCUUUCAUUUCAUCAUGUGAACCCAUUCAGGUGGAGAUGUGCCAAGGUCUGAGCUAUAAUCUCACAUCCUUCCCCAAUGUAUGGCUCUCCAUUGGUGAUCAGACAGAGGCUGCUUAUGUGCUUCGUCAGUACACUGUGCUGAUGGAGUUGGACUGUUUUAAGCCCCUGCAGCAGCUGGUGUGUGCGCUAUUUGUGCCGCAGUGCAGUGUGCAGGCUGGUGUGCUGCAGCCGUGCAGCUCCGUGUGUUCAGCGGCAGAGCAGCAGUGUGCGAGGGAUCUGGCACUCUUUAAUCUUAACUGGCCCUUUAACUGUCACUUGCUGCCUGACUCACAGAACCCCAAGCAGUGUUCUGUGCCAUAG